AUAAAAAAACAACCAGAUAACGAAAAAGGUAAACAAACCCGAACGGGGGUCACACAAAGAAAAAUCCUAGUUUAUUAUUCACCUCACAUGUAGUGAUUAAAUCAAAAAAAGCCAGUUUAAACCGCAGCCCGCUAAAAUAUUAAUCAAUUAUGCCCCAUAUAAAAGCCGAACCAUUUAAAUAAUGAAGAUUACUAAAGCGGCGAUCGGCGUGUGUGUCUCCAUGAUUUUUUUUGGUAUUUAUUUAGCUAAUAUCUUCAGUAUUAUUAGCACUCAUCAAGUGCAUCCCGAUGAACAUCUUAGGGAGCGCUUUUUCAAAAUUGGAGACAGAUUUGAUAACCUCAUUUGGUUCUUACAGAUCUCAGAUAUUCACAUAAGCAUAUUUAGAGAUCCCUCAAGGAUUGUUGAGUUUAAAGAGUUUUGUCACUAUACAAUUGAUCGAAUCCUGCCAUCCGUUGUACUCGCAACAGGAGACCUAACAGAUGCUAAAACUAAGGAUGCUAUUGGUUCACAACAGUAUGAGUCUGAAUGGAGACAUUAUCGGGAUAUAUUACGGGAGUUUGAUAUUGACAAUAAAACUGUGUGGCUUGAUAUUAGGGGGAACCAUGACAAUUUCAAUGUAAUAAGUGUCAACUCAAAACACAAUUUUUUUACAAACUACUCUAUCCAAGGCAAAGAGCAUCCUAGGUCUUAUAUGAUGCAAGUUCGUAAAGGAAAUUCAAAAUAUACAUUUUUGGGGGUAGAUGCUUGCUUGGAACCUGGCCCCAGGCGACCUUUUAAUUUUGUUGGCAUGUUGGAUGAGCCUGAAGUUAUUGAAAUUAAGAAACUUUUAAAGGAGACUGAAUCAAGUGGUAGUAACUAUACAAUAUGGUUCGGUCACUUUCCCACAUCAUGUAUUUUAUCCAGUGGGUCAGAGAAUAUCAGAAAUUUAAUAAAAAAAGACCCCAACAGUUUAGCUUAUCUUUGCGGUCAUUUGCACACUCUAGGCGGAGUAGUUCCCCGAAUGUACACCAUGCAAAAAGGAGGAUUUUUAGAGCUCGAGCUCGGCGAUUGGAAGGAUAACAGAAUGUAUCGUUUAAUGGCGAUAGAUCAUGGCAUGUUUUCAUUUGUGGAUGUGGCACAUAGAGACUGGCCUGUAGUGCUAAUAACAAACCCCAAAAAUGCUUUAUUUUUUAACCCUUUAAAGGAAAACGUUGAUAAUAUUAGGCAAUCAACUCAUAUUAGGGUUUUGGCAUUUAGUAUGUCAAGAAUAAAAACAGUAAGAAUCAGGAUAAAUGACGAGCCCUGGACUGAUUUGAAGCACAUUAGGGGGCCCCUGUAUGUGACUUCUUGGGACGCCAUGAAGUAUAAAAAGGGACUUCAUCAAAUUGAGGUAUAUGCCAAAGACAUCGAUGGUAGAGAAAAGACUGAACAAACCCUAUUCUCCCUCGAUGGUACAAAACUCUCGUUCGGAGUACUUCCCCGGUUGGCUCUUAUGUCUAACCUCAGUCAAAUUUUCUGGUCUUUUUACAUUAUUACUCUAGUUGUAUAUUUGCUUCCCUUGGUACUGAUGAAAUAUUUGCACAAGGCGGUAUCUAGUGGCCUAAUUUCUCAACCUCGACUAAGAGGUUCAGUAUUAAAGACAUGGAUUAGAAAAGUAUGGAUUUUGACUACUGUGGACCGAAUUUUCUGGCCCAUCAUGCUUUACCCUGUUUAUUUAGUUUUUGGGCCAUGGUCCAUAGGUUAUAUAGUAGAGGACUACAUUGGAGUGAUAUUUUCAUGGGGAAUUUUCGUUGACGGUGCUUUCUUACCCGGAUCAUUUACGUAUGCCUAUGGGUUUGUACAGAUGAUAACGUUCCAGUUUCCAUUGACUUUUAUCUUAAUUAGUGCAGUUAAUAGAAGGUACGUUCAACUGACCCUAAACACUGGUAAAAAACUGACCCUACGCCAGGCAAUUUGCACGCAUUUGCCCUUUUGUGUAGUGUUCACCGUACAACUGAUAAUGGCGUAUUUGUUCUGGUUGGCUUAUGGCACGAUGGCCUUUAUUUUGGGUCCAUUACGUACUUGGUCUCUAGUUUUGGCCGCAUUCAUGUAUUAUGCUGCUUUAAGGUUACCCGAGAAAUGUUUUAGACGAGCCAAAGAAAUCUGCUUUACCAAAUCAGAGACUACCAUAGAUCAAGAUGCCAUCAACUUAGCGUUAGAACAGUCAGCAGAAAAAGUGGGUGGUAAGACCAACUGAAUCGUGAUAUUUAAAUUUUAUUUAUUAUUCAAUUUAUAUUUCUACCUUGUGAUACUCUUUUCGAUAACUUUAUAUAUUGUUAUAUUUAUUAUGAUUUUUUAUUACUAGGUACUUCUGGUUAGGUUUUAACGCCCUGUUGUGACUGUAUAAUAUUUUUAUUUUUGAUUUAGUGCCAUUGCAUUUAGAACAACCGAUAUCUUCUUAGAAUAUGACUGAUGUAAAAAUAAUUUGGCAGGAAAUGAUGUAUAUUUUAUCAAAGGUCUAUUUUUUGCACCCAACAAAUACAGAAUAGCUCAAUUCAAGAAAAGUAUCUUGUAAUGUGGAUUUCAUCUUCAAAAUAGUCUUUAUAAAGUGAUUUUUGUAGAUACAUAUUUGCAUGAUUUGUGAACUGAACAUGUUAGUUAGAUUAAUACCGAAAUGAGGUUUUUGAUGUAUAAAAUAAACCAUAAUGUAGUAAGAAA